UACAAAAUAUAACACAUCCUUACACGUCAGUGCUGGCGUUUUUACGAAAAAACGUCUCAUAACAAACUUCUCCUAGUGGUUGGUACUUAAUACCGAGAACGAAUCCAUGUGAAUCUCACUACCCGCCUUCUCCGAAAAUCUUCUCCUAAGUUUCGCAUUCUGAGACCCAAGUUUUCUACAAUCAUCUAUCGAACAACUUUCAUGGCUGCUCUUGUGGAAGAGAUUUUACCUCCGUCGUUGGAUGCUACUGCCGAACAACCUCCUCUGUUCGACGGAACUACUAGGUUGUAUACUGCUUACAUUUGCCCAUAUGCUCAACGUGUGUGGAUCACCCGGAAUUACAAGGGACUACAAGAUAAAAUUAAGCUAGUUCCUCUCAAUCUUUUUAACAGGCCUGACUGGUACAAGGAGAAAGUAUACUCUCCAAACAAGGUGCCAUCUCUAGAACACAACGGGAAAGUUAUCGGAGAAAGUCUUGAUCUGAUUAAAUAUGUUGAUAGCAACUUUGAAGGACCCUCUCUUCUCCCAAAUGAUCCUGCUAAAAGGGAGUAUGCUGAAGAGUUGCUAUCCUACAGCGAUACGUUUAACGGUGCCAUAAUCUCUUCGUUUAAAGGUGACACUGCAAAGGAAGCAGGUGCUCAAUUUGAUUACUUGGAAAAUGCUUUGCAAAAAUUUGAUGGCCCCUUCCUCCUUGGAGAGAUCAGUCUGGUGGAUAUAGCAUACAUUCCAUUUGUUGAAAGGUUCAGCGUUUUCUUAUUAGAGGCUUUCAAGAUUGACAUCACUGAAGGAAGACCUAAACUAGCAGCCUGGAUUGAGGAGUUCAAUAAGAUUGAUGCGUACAAGCAAACAAAAGCUGAUCCCAAGCUAGUUGUUGAAGUUUAUACAAAGCGAUUUUUGGGUUAAAAACGAAGGUUGAAGAGAUGAUAUUACGAACAAACGACUCAGUAUGUCGAUGAUAAUUCUAUACUUCCUAUUUCAUAUUAUGUAUUUUGAUAGUGUUUGAAGCGUUUGCUUUGUUUAAGUUAGUCGAUGUCUUGAGAAUAAAAUUUGAGGUUUCUCAAAAUAUUAAAUUAUGAACUAUUUUCUUCUUCAAAAAUAAUAAUAAUAAUUAUUAUUAUUAUUAAUAA